CCAGAAUGAUGGCGAACAUGAGUGAAGAAAUCAAAGAGAUCAUCUGCUAAGAUCUUGCCAAAUCUGUCUAAAGAGACUCAGUGUUAAAUAAUAUCGAAACUUCAGAGCUCCGGCUUGGAGUCAAAAGAAGACUUAAAAUAUGUACAACAGGAAGACAUUGCUGAUCUGUUACCUGUUAUCCAGUGCAGAAAACUCCUGGAUGCAUUCAAAUUAGAAACCGAGAAAGUUGCAUUGGAUUUACAAGUCAUUCCAACUUCGUCACCAAUGAGUAGCGAUUGGUCGGUGUCGGGGUCUUCAUCACCAACAUGCACUCCGCCUAAUUCUAGCUCAUCACAGCUAUCAGCCAUUUCUUCAUGUUCAAGCCAGUCAAGAAACAGUGAACCAAGCAACAGACCUUCCACAUCUCAGAUACUGAAAACAUGGCCAGAAACUUUCCAGGUCCCUUGGGAACAAAUGCCACAGGAAAUUCGUUCUGCAAUUGCAGAUGGCAAGAGACCUAAACCAGUGGAGCGACGCCAGAUGGUACAAGUACUCGUGGAUGAAAUGAGAAGGUAUGAGGCUAACCCCACUCGCGCACAAUGCCUAACUGUGGUUCGAAAUAUCAUCAGGCAGUACCCAAAGAGUUUUGCUGAUAUUGCACCAGAUGGGUCACUUCUGUGUGGAGGUUACACAUCACUUUUGAUUCAAUUGAAAAACCGCAUUGAGAAUGUGAACCGUGAUGGAAGCUUCUCAUUCCACCGAUCCUCUACAGCCAAGAGGGGUCCAACUGACACAUAUGUAUGUACACGAUUUCAGCCAGAGCUGCCCCCAGAAGAAACUGAUGACACUGUGGAACAGCACCGCCAUAGACUGGAGGAGAUUUAUAGACAGGAGGGAUCAGGUAGAGCAGAAAGAGCAGAAUUUAAAAAUCUAAUGGAGCUCACAUUCUCUCUACAACGUCGCCAUAUAAAUACACUUCCACCACCUGACAUUGAAGAUGGGAAAAGCAAAUGGCCUUUUCUUUUCACGCCAAGGUAUAUAUACGCGCAUUUUGAGUUGCACACAGACAUCAAUGUGCUUCGUAGCUUGGAACUCAGCAUGGAGGAAUGUGGAAGAGCCAUCACAGAAUACUUCAGGGGAAAACCUACCAACAAAAAUGUCAAGGAUAUCCUCUCUAAUGGUGAAGAUAAUGAGACGGCACUUCGUGUUGUUCAGCUGCUCAUGGCACACUUUGGAGAGGACAUAACUGGGCUGAUCCUUCUUACAGUUACUUCUCUGCCGAUUGAUUCUGCUGGGCCGUCUCAUGGCGGUCCCAGCGUGUCUUUCGGUGGGCCGCCCGAAGAUCAGAUGUCGAUCGCUGCAUCGGGGGAUGGGUUAUCGACCUCUGAGGAUGAGGAUUCAGCGGGGCUGCCCCCCUCGGGUGAUGUCACUGCUGCCGAAUCUGACUUGGAGUUGUCGGCCAUGCUUGCCCGGGCAGCCGUGAGUAUCUGGCUGGAGGUGACUACACCGCCCAGUCCUGAGCCCUCGCGGCAGGAUGAUUGGUUUCUCGGCGCGGGACACGGCUCACAACAUCGUUCUGCUCCGGUGCCUUUCUUCCCGGAGGUGCAUGAAGAGGUGACGAAGUCGUGGACGGCCCCUUUCAUGGCCAGAAGCCGCUCGUCUCCCUCUUCCAUCCUCACCACCCUCGAUGGCGGGGCAGCCAGGGGGUACGUGGAUGUUUCCCAGGUGGAGAGAGCGGUUGUGGUGCACCUGUGCCCACAAAAUGCCGCCACUUGGAGCAAUCAUCCGCGUCUCCCGUCCAAGGCCUGUAAACUGUCGGCCGCGCUCGCUGCCAAGGCUUACAGUGCCGCAGGCCAAACUGCCUCCGCCCUGCAUGCCAUGGCUAUCCUGCAGGUACACCAAGCCAAGGCGCUCAAAGCAAUGCACGAGGGUGGUACCGACCCGGGGUUGAUGCAGGAGCUGCGCACGGCGACUGACUUCGCCUUACGGGCGACGAAGACUGAGUGA